GGCCCGGCUUCCGGCGCGACCCGGGUCGGCGCGCGCGGCCUGGGUCCGGUUGACUUUGCGGAGCCAUGGAGGGUGGCUUCGGCUCGGAUUUCGGGGGCUCGGGCAGCGGCAAGCUGGACCCGGGGGCCAUCAUGGAGCAGGUGAAGGUGCAGAUCGCCGUGGCCAACGCGCAGGAGCUCCUCCAGAGGAUGACGGACAAGUGUUUCCGGAAGUGCAUCGGGAAGCCGGGGGGCUCCCUGGACAAUUCGGAGCAGAAGUGCAUCGCCAUGUGUAUGGACCGCUACAUGGACGCCUGGAACACCGUGUCCCGCGCCUACAACGCGCGGCUGCAGCGGGAGCGAGCCAACAUGUGACCGGCCCCUCCCCCCACGCCCCCCGGCCCCCGGGCCCAGCCCCGCACCGGCCGGCGGGCACGAGCGUUGCCUCGCGCGCGGACAGCACGAAGGCCGGGACAGUUGGGGCCUGGCCGCCCGCCCCUCCCUCUCUCCCCCUCCGCAGACCCGGCCACCCCACGACCUGACGGUGGCGAACGCAGCUGGCGUUUUGAACCAGGGACUCUAGAACUUUCCAAAGGGGUGGGCCGACCACUGGUGUGCCCAGCUCAAACCGCAUGCCUCCGGGUGCCUAGAGUGUUCGUUUGGAGCUGGAGGAUGGGGGGAGGGGGUCUUGUUGAGUCCCCCGAUUUGGAGGACUAAUAAACGGUGGAGGUGUGGCGUCA